AUAAAUUGUUGCAGCCAUGGGAGAUCUUCGAAAACCGCGAAAUGGAGCAGUUGCAUUAUUGGAGCUGCAUUAUUGGCUUGCUAUGCAUUCUGCAAACCCUUCGAGGGACUCAGGGCACCACCUACGAGAUACUAGGCGAUGACACGACCUUGAAUAUUGUGUGCAGUGCUGCAGAGGAUAGGGGCAAUACACCGAUUCGCCAGAUUUUGGACAUUAGCAGCGUGAGUUUCGAUAUGGCCGCAGAUCUGGAAACCCUAUACUUCAAUGGCGACAUCAAGGUGUUGAAGGAUGUGCCCAACAUACCGAUUGGGAUGCAGGUCGAUAUAUUCCGCAGGGAACGCAGUGAAUGGAUUCCCACCCCGCUCGCCAUGAAGAGGGACAACUUAUGCCAAUCCUUGUCAAAUCCCAUGGAGCUGUGGUAUCCCAUAUUUAUGAAGGUCCCCAAGGAGGAGUUCAUUUGUCCGCCGACCAAGGGGCACGUUUACAGCCUGGCCAAUGUGAGUAACCAUGUGUUUGUGAGGAACAUGCCCCGCAUGGACAUCGCCGGAGAUGUGAAGGCCGUGGUCCAUCUGACCUCGGGAGAUAUGAAGACCUGCGCGGUACUCUUCUUCAAGAUCUACGCCUCGAACCAUUGA